AUGGCGAGCAAAAAACCAUCGUCCCCUACGCCAGCUGGCCGCAGGACGCCCUCGACCGAUGCUCAGACGAGCCCAGGCGGUGCUCGAAAGGCCUCUUCGCAGUCUCCUGCCGCGACGACGAAUGGCGUUGGCCGCUCACCCUCUACCAAAGGGUCACCAGGUCCCGUCUCAGCCCGUGCCGCAGCCGCGAGGAGGGCUGGGUUGGGCCGAUCCAACCUGAGCAUGAGCAGCGUGCCACGGAACUAUCCCCAUAAUAACGAGGACGAGGAAGCUCGCGCAGCCAACACGGCCCUGAUCGAAGAUCUCAAAGAGCAAGUUCAGAAGGCAGAGAUUGUCGCGGAUCAGUAUCGAAAACAGCUCGGCGUGCUGCAGAUGAGGCUGGACGACGCAGUCAGCGAGCAGACCCGGCUCGAGGAACAAGCACAUGAGAAAGACGGGCAGAUAAACCCUCUGCGUGACGAAAUCAAGGAGCUUCAGAGACAGAUCAGGGAUUUGGAGCAGAAGCAUGAGACCGAGCGUGAGUCGAUGAUGGCAGAUAAAGAGAACCAAGCAAAGAGGGAGGAAGAGCUUGAGGCUUCCAUUCAGCGGUUAAAAGAGACCAUUGCUCAAAAGGACCUUCGAAUGGGCGUUGACGGCGAACGCAAUCUAUCUCGCUCUCCGAGUUUCCGUAACCGCUCUUCGCCAGACCUAGAAAACGGACAGUUCGCCCCGUCCUCCUCUCAGCUUCAACGCAGUCCGUCCAGAAACAACUCAAAACUGAUUCUUCAGAAAGACAAGCUAAUCGAGUCACUACGGCUCGAACUGGCUGAGGCGCAGAUCAAGAUCGUCGAGAUGGAGAACCUGGGAGGUGGCCGCCAGCAAGAACUAGAACGCGAGCUCCUCGAGGCCCGCAUGGCCAACGCCCGUCUGAUGGAGGACAACGAGAGCUAUCAGCUUCUGCUCAGCGAGCGAACCCUCAAUGGGGACUUCACCAAGGGUGACUUUAUGCAUGAUGCCCACCCGCCUGCUGAUACGAACGGGACCAGUGGUUCUUCUCUGGCCGACGAGCUGGAUUCCAUCGGCGAGGGAGGCGAAGACAACGAGAAACGCAAGCUGGAAAGCGAGCUGAAGAGCUACAAGGACCAGAACAAGGCUCUUAGCCUGUACAUCGAACGUAUCAUUGGUAGAUUGCUACAGCAUGAAGGCUUCGAGCAUAUCCUCGACAAGAGUGACGCCGAUAACUCCGGCCCCAAGGGUGGAAACAAGGACAAGGAACUGCCUCCUCCGCCUCCCACUGAGAAGGAUGAGGCACAAGAACAGCAAUCGUUCCUUCAGCGUGCCAAAUCCGUUGUUUCUGGCCAACCGGCUCGUCCUAGCACCAGACAGAGACCACCCAGCCAGCUCACUCAGUCUACAUCUACUCACUCUCCUCCGCUAGCCUCCCCUCAAGAACCGCCCACUCCAUCCGCCCACGAAAACCCUGACACUGCCCCUAGAAUUCCGCUUGGACGCUCUCGCACUGUCCAGCAUCGCCGAACAAGAUCAGAUCAGCUGGACCAUAGCGGCGCCGCAGCUGGAACAGCAAGCGUAAUCAAUCAGAUGUACCGCGGCCCUCCAAGCGGCCGCUCCCCGUCCGCUGGCCCCAUCAGCCCUGGUAUCAGCCCAUCCCUAUCAAAUAACGGCCCGUUCUUCGCCCCCGGCGCGGCAUCUAAGCGUUCAUCCGUCGCCACUGCACCAGGCGGUAUAGGGACCUCCACCUCCACGCGGAGUGCUGAUCGUCGUUUCAGCAGCGCUGCAAGCCUCACAAGCGAUCGAAGCGGAGAUGUUGGAUCCAUGGAAGGCGGCGCUGCCUCGGCCAGUCCUCCUCGCUCUAGUCCUGGCAUGAACAACUAUACCGGAGCGGUGAUGCAGCAGAGCAAGUUGCGUCCGCUACGCCUGGUGCAGGAGAACCAGGAGAUGGAUGCCGACUCCCAGGCUGAUGACGCUGCCCGCAAGAAGGCGAACAGAGGCAGUUGGGCAGGAUGGUUCAAUCGCGGCAGCUUCACGCUGUCUGAUUCCAGCAACUCGCGGCCAUCCUCCUGA